GCUGUCAAGCUUUUCCUGCGACACAUUGUUUUGAGUUUUGCUUAUUAUUUUGUGAUGUACUUAAAUGAUAUUUAGCAAUGUCGUUUCUUUUCCUCAACAUUUUUUAUUCACUUUCUACUUAGCAUUGCUGCAGAUUGUGUUUUAAACUUAAAAUUUGAGUGAGUUAAAGUGAGUUAAAUUUUUGUUUCUAAAUGCUUCAUGAAAUCUUGUAUGCAGGACACUGACUAUAUUUUUACAGGAAAUCUACUUUGAUUUUUAUUAUAAAUAGCAUUUUUCAAUGGAAAACUUGACAUUCAAUAGCCCUGUGCUGCAGUUAGAAGGACUGGUUGUCUCUGAGCAAAACCUGUAUCCUACAUUUCUAUUCUUUUUGUUUAUCUAUGUGCUCAUUAUGGUCUCUAACAUUGGAAUAAUUGUGCUCAUUUCAGUGGAAAGGAACCUGCAUGAACCUAUGUACAUUCUCUUCUGCAAUCUGCCUUUUAAUGAUGUAUUUGGUAACUCCAUCAUUAUCCCUCGGUUAAUGAUGGACAUAUUAAGACCACAAUCUGAACGCUACAUCAGUUAUGUUGAUUGUGUUUCUCAGGCUUUCUGUUACCACAUGUAUCUUGGUGCGUCUCAUACUGUACUUAUGAUUAUGGCAUUUGACAGAUAUGUUGCUAUAUGUAAUCCUUUGCAUUACACAACUAUAAUGACUCCCAGAAUGGUGGCUAAACUGACUGCAGCAGCCUGGGGAGUGGCAUUUGUCUGUGUCAGUGUAUUAUUAAGUCUCACUAUAAGGCUGAAUCACUGUGGAACAUUAAUAGUGAACCCGUUCUGUGAUAACGCAUCUCUGUUUAAACUGGCAUGUGAGAGUCCUUAUGUUAAUAAUGUUUUUGGCCUGACAUAUACAGCGGUUUUACUUGGAUCUUCCAUGUUAUGCAUUGUUAUUACUUAUGCCAAAAUCGCUGCAGUCUGUCUUACUACAAAAAACAAAACCCUGAACAGCAAGGCUUUGAAAACCUGCAGCACACACUUAACUGUUUAUUUAAUCAUGUGGAUAUCAGGAUUUAUCAUGAUUAUACUCCAUCGUUUCCCUAAUUAUACAGACUACAGGAAAGCAGCUGCCCUGCUUUUCCACAUAGGGCCAGGCCUUCUGAACCCUGUCAUAUAUGCACUGCAGUCUGGUGAGAUCAGACAUGUCCUGUUAAAGAUUCUGCAUUCGAAGAAAGUGAUGCCAUGACAAGAACCUUCAAACUACCAACACACUACAGGACUAAAGGACAUAUGCGACUCCAGUGUGACUUAACAUUGUUCUAAUGAUUAGGUAAUUUUAGCUUUGAAGAUGAAAUAUUACAAAGUUUAUUCCCUGCAUAUUUUCGAUGUCAUGAACCAAACUUGUAAUUAAUUUUUCCUGAUAAAUGAACCAAUAGAAAUGACCUUUUUAUCAUUUUUAUCAUUAUUAUUUACGUUCAUUAAAGGUAAGAAAAAUGUUCCCUCUCCUGUAAAUUAGCCAUUUAGGCAUAAGAUGUUUUGUUAUGUUGUCAAUAUAUUGUUUCUCAAAGUUCAACAUGGAGUAUAAUUUGCUCUUUCUUGAUGUUUUCAUAUGGUAAUACCUUCACAUAACAUUUCACAUAACAUUUUUUUAUAUUAGAAUGCUGUUCUCAGCUCUCAGGAUUUUUUUAUUCAAUUACAUUUAACACUGUUUUUUAGUCUAUUAUUAUUACUUAAUAAACAUAAUAUGUUUUUGGGAUUGCAAUCAAAAUUUGUAGGCACCAAAGCAAAUUACAAUAAUCCUAAUCCAUUUAUCUCAGCAAUAUGAGUGUUUUUACAUGAAAAAAGCACCACGUAUGAUUUGAACAGACGCAAAUAAAUAUAAAUACAGUAAAACGUUACAAGGAAUUCUCAUGUUUGACUACAUAUGUUAUAUCCUGUGAGCCAAGCUGAAGAACAAAGUGUAGAGACUCCAGAUUUCUCCUGGAUGCUCCUCAGCCAGCAUGUGUACAUGCUCAGUUCUGUCAGCAGAUCACCUGAUUUACCAAAUUUACCAAUUUACCAAACCAUUUGUUGAUAUGAUGAGAACUAGAGAUAACUCUAUUCAACUCAGAUGAUGAGAGAUUAGGAGAUGUUUUAAAGAAAACAGUGAUGUUUAAGCACAGCUUAAGUUGCUGUUUGUAUUUAUU